CGGCACUGGAGGGACGGCGAGGGAGGAGGAAGCCCCGGGGCCGCUCUCUCCGGCCGGGAUGCGAAGGUAGCGGCGAGGCCGGUUGCGUUCCCAGCGGACCUUCUGGCGGCCGCCAGUCCCGCCGCGGGGGGCAGGGAAGAGCCUCCGUCAGCAUCCUCCGGGAGGCGAAAGGUGGAGCCCGGCCCGUUCCUGCGGAGCGUCCGUUCCUGCUUCCCCCGGGCCGGCACCGUCCUGGCGCGGUGCCGGUGGCUGCCCCGGGGCUCUGGGGCCGGCUGCCCCCGUUCACCCCCCGAGGCAGCCAUGCCCUCCCCCAGCGACUCCAGCCGCUCGCUGACCGGCCGCACGUCUCGCAGCCUCACCCAUCUCCGCGUCCAGCGGACCUGGCUGCAGAUCCUGCUGGUGCUGGGCUUCAUCCAGCUGAUCCUGGGCGUCCUGAUCGUCACUUUCAGCCUGGUAGCAGCCACCAUCACGCCCUCCGCCAAGAUCCGGCACUCCUGCCCGUCCUGGGCCGGCUUCUCGCUGGCACUGUCUGGGCUUGUCGGCAUCGUCUCCUGGAAGCGGCCACUCACCCUGGUGAUCACCUUCUUCACGCUGCUGUCGGUGCUGGGUGUCAUGCUGAGCCUCGCCGGGUCCAUCCUGUCCUGCCAGAACGCGCAGCUGGUGAAGUCCUUGGAGGCCUGUGAGAGGGAGAAGGAUUCGUGUGUCUGCUGCCAGGCCCGCUCUGAGCCCCCACCCGCCUCCUGCAGCCGGCAGAGUGAGAUGCUGACCAUGUUCCCCAACCCCGACUGCUGGAGCAUCCGUGUGGCGCUCAAGGAUCUCCUCUUCAGUGUCUGUGGCUUGACUGUUCUCUCCACCAUCAUCUGCACGCUCUCCGCGGUUGUCUGUUGCAUCCAGAUCUUCUCCCUCGACAUAGUCCACGUGCUGGUCCCCCAGCGCUCGAGCUCUGUCACGCUGGAAUGCACAUCCCCCCCUGACACCUUUCUGCAGAGCAUGAUGGACUUUGAGGAGUUUGUCCCCCCGGUGCCACCACCCCCCUACUACCCGCCCGAGUACACUUGCAGCUCCGAGACAGAUGCGCAGAGCAUCACCUACAACGGCUCCAUGGACAGCCCCGUGCCCCUCUACCCCACCGACUUCCCCCCCUCCUACGAGACUGUGAUGGGACUGCGGGGAGACAGCCAGGCCACCCUGUUUGACUCGCAGCUCACGGACGGCUCACACGCCUGCACCUGCGACCGUGUCCCCUCCAUCGUGCUCAGCGGAGAAGUGUCCAUGGACAGCGGGUCCCUGAUCAUGUCUGAGAUCAUGGACAUCCCUGGGGACAGCAGCCCCUCAGAGGACUCGUGCCUGCUGGAGCUGCAAGGCUCCAUGCGCUCCGUCGACUACGUGCUCUUCCGCUCCAUCCAGCGCAGCCGCGCCGACUACUGCCUGAGCGUGGACUGCGUGCAGUGCAGCCACCACGCGCGCAGCCCCACGCUGGGCUUGCAGGGCCCCUUUGAGGAGCCGCCCCAGCCCCGGGUGCGGGGGGAGCGCUCCUACUCCUGCUCCACGGCGGAGCCCGGCCUCGAUGGCGUCUUGGUGGGGGGAGCCGGCACCCACAGCUGCAAUCGCCUGGAGGGGCUGGCCCGCUGCGUCGGCCCCUGCUUCCCUGAAGUGCGCCUCAAGGAGAAGGGCUCUCUGCAGGCUCGUGGGGAUGGCCGCUCGGUGGGGCCCGGUGCCAGCCGCCUCUGCCACCCGCGUCGCAACAGCGAGACCUCCUGCCCCUCGUCCCCAGCCCCGGGGCUGAGCCAGCGCCCGCUCGUGAGGUCGCACAGUGACCCCGGCGUCCUGACGGCCGGCCAUGCUGAUUUCAGGGAAGUACUUUAUACCAAAGCACUGGAGGACACUGAGUCCAACUCCUCUGCGGAUACAGGGCUGUGCUCAGAGGCCUGCCUGCUCCGCCGUUCGCACUGUGACUCCCCCCGACUGCUCCGGGCUGGCUCAGCGGGGAAGAGCAAGCUGCUGCCCUCCAAGAAGGUGACGCAGCAGCUGUCGAAGACAACGACCCGCUCACUGGGGGACCUCAAGGUCUGCCGGGGCACCCGUGGGCUGGUGGCCAGGUUCCUGCAGAGACCCAAACGCAGCCCGGCAAUCGGCAUGGAGGUGCCCGGGCACAGCUCCCAGGGGCACAAGCAGGUUCCCUGGAGCGCCUGGCCAGGAGCAGAGCGGCCCCACGAAGGCAUCCACCUGCAGAGCUGCGGGGACCUGAGCUCCACCUCGUCCCUGCGCCGGCUCCUGUCCGCCCGCCGGCUGGAGCGCAGCCGCCCACGGAGCCUCAGCGGGACCUGCAAGGAGAGCGCGCUCUGACGGUGCAGCCCUCGCUGCUGCAGGGACCCUCCCGGUGCCCUGGUGUGGAGACGGGGUCCUGCUCUGGGACAGGACCCUCAGACAUUGCUUAGACGUUGCUGCUGCCCCGGUGGGGCUGGGUCCUGUGCCGCUGCCCCUGGGGGACCUCGGCUGGGCCAACCCGAGGGGCUGGUCCCCUGGGGUGUCUGCUGGGGGGCCGAAAUGGUUGUGCCGGUCCCCUGCCCUGUCCCCUCUGCCAGCUGUGCCUGUCCCCUGUCCUGUGUUCCCCUGCGCUGGCCGUGCCUGUCCCUCACACUGGCUGUGCCUGGUCCCCUGUGCUGGCCAUGCCUGUCCCCUGCCCUGUCCCCUCCGACACUGGCCAUGCCUGUCCCCUGCCCUGUCUCCCCCUGUGCCAUGCCUAUACCCUGGCACAGCCGUGCCUGUCCCCUGGGAUGGCCAUGCCUGUCCCCUGCCCCCGGCCGUGCCUGCCCCCUGCCCCGUCCCCUCCUGCGGUGCCUGUCUCCCCCAACACCGGCCGUGCCUCUUCCUUGUGCUGGCCAUGCCUGCCCCUGCCCUGCCCCCCCGCGCCGGCCGUGCCUGGCCCCUGGCCCCUGGCCGG